AUGGCCUUUACGGAACUUCCUAUGGAUUUAGUGACGGAGGAAAUUCUCACGAGACUGCCUGUGAAAUCCCUGAUGAGAUUCAUGUGUGUUUCAAAGCUCUGGCUAACGCUCAUCAGCUCACGAUAUUUUACCCACCGUUUUCUUACAGUCCCUUCCCCUCGUCUUUAUAUGUGUUUAUGGGAUGUAAACAACUACCUUGACACUGAAAUACUCUCAUCGGCUCCUCAAGACCCUAAUAUUACUACUACUACUACUACUCCAUCUGCCUUUUUAGUUGACCACGAUCUGACCACCCCACGGAUGGGAAGCCACAUCUUGCAAAAUCUUGGUGGCUUUAUGUGCUACGUCUAUUGGAAUAAGCCUCGGAUCUAUAACCCUGCCACGAGACAACUUGUCACCAUACCCUUCAAAAACUCCGACCACAUGACCGUACCUCCAGGAGGGAAAAAAAUCGUCAGCUACUAUUUCGGAUACGACGCUCUUAACCACAAGUACAAAGUGAUUUCCUCGAUUAGCGUACACCUGAAACAGAAUAUGGAAGUGAUAAGUUCAGAGAAUUGGAAGGACUGUGUAUCGAUGGGGUUAUAUAUAUACUACAUGGCUUUGCUUGGUCCGUUUGAAUAUGUGUUUGUGAGUUUCGACGUUAAAUCUGAAGAGUUCAACAUGAUCCAAGUACCUCGCAGGGACGGCGACGAGCUGCUUGAAAGGUUUCAGAAUGUGGGUCUUUUGGAGUAUGGUGGAAAACCAACUCUUUUUGACCAAACAAAUCUUAAAGACAAGGGUGUCGUGGCUUUAUGGUCUGUGGAAGAUGCCGGGAGCAAGAAAUGGUCGUGCAAGAGUCUGGUUGUGCAGCCUUCUCAACUGCAUCUUGUCAAUACCAUUACAUUCAAUGUGAAAGGUACAACUCAAAACGGCAAGGUUCUCCUGAUACCAAAGGAUUUUCUUUUUACUUUUCAGAUUCUCUCUUAUGAUAUUCAAAACAAUGAUAUGAGAAAGAUUGAGAUCAGAGGUAUACCUGACCGCUGGUUUAAUAUGGACGAAGAAGCUGAGGUAUGUGUCGACGUGAUGUUUAUGGACCAGAGUGAGAGCGUCAUUAGUAGCGAUUUUGUAUCUUCUCUCGACUGGACAGAGAGAGAUAAUCACGACACUUCCAUUCACAGAUCUCUACCACUUUCUGUGUCAUUACCGAUAUUGUGA